GUGUUCAAGCCAUGACAAGUUCAGCAACUCAGCAACCCUCUGCAGAUGCCGCAAAGUUUAAGAAGUUACUCUACUUUGACAAUUUCGAAGAGCUUCCCAAAAAUGCCAUAUUCUUCAGGUCGGCUAUAAUUGACGAGUUUCGAUUGAAUGACACUUUAACCGGUGGCAGAGUUCGGGCUCCCGUCCACAACUCCAACGACAUUAUGGAUAACGGUAUCAGAAACAGGGUUAUGAUAGAGAACCCGGCGCAGCCGGUAAGUUUUGUGAUCUACAAGACGUCGGAACGUGCCGAGUCUAAUAUGAUCGACAGAAGAUUGCUUUACGUUCAGAACAGAAAUAGACUUCCUCUGGCUGUGUGGUGUAGAUGGAUUGUCGAAAAUGACAUGUUCCAGUACUUCAUGUUAUGGUUAAUUAUCGGUAACUCUGUUGUCAUGGGCCUUCAGUCAGAGUUACCCAGCACUCCAGAGGUUUACGCACACAUCCAGUCCAUUCUAGAGAUGUUUGAUCUCUUUUCACUCUACAUGUUUGUACUUGAAAUCCUGCUCAAGUGGGCUGAUAACUUCGUUGAUUUCUGGUCCAGUGGGUGGAACAUUUUCGACUUUCUUGUCACAGUUGUGUCAGCUAUACCGGAAGUUUUAAGACUGUUUAUGACUCAAGCUAAUAAUGGGGAUAAUAACGAUGUCGUCUCUCAAAUCGCUGCAUACAUCAGGACAUUCAAAAUACUGCGCUCACUGAAGAUGAUAGCAAGAUUUGGAAGUUUGAAGAUAAUAGUAAUGACCAUCCUUCAAGCGUUCCAGUCCAUGGUGUUCAUUCUAGUUCUGCUUCUCUCUAUAGCUUACAUUUUUGCUAUCAUGGCUGUCGUCUUCUUCAAUACUGAUAAUCCUGAACUCAACGAAUUCCAGGGAGCUUUUGACAAUCUGUACCGAGCGAUGAUCACGCUAUUCCAACUAUUUACCAUGGAUCAGUGGUAUGCACUGUUGAAAUACCUCUGGAUAGACAACAGCAAGUUCGAGUCAACACUCUACAUCAUACUCUGGGUCCUUUUCGGAGCGUUCAUCUUCAAAAACAUUUUCGUUGGUAUCAUGGUGAACAACUUCCAAGACAUUUCGAGGGAGAUAACAUCAGAGCAGGACCAGGCACUGGCAGAGGAGGCGAAGGAGUUAGCACGGCUGGAACUGUUGGAGGAGCUCAACCAGGCGGAGAUGGAGGGGACUGGUGAGGACGAUGAGACAAUGUCUACCGUCCACAGUGAAACAUCGUGUGACGGAGGAGCUAUGGGUCGUACAGAGAGUGAGGUGGAGUGGGAGAGGAUGUUGAAAGCUAACAUGGAAGCUUUGGACGACCCCAGCAAACUCCCGGAGGUCGCGUGGCCUAAAGAACUUCUUUAUAGGUACUACAUCGUGAUGGAGAAGAUUUCACUAAAUCUGCAAGAGGGAGAAGAAAUUCAGAAACUAUUAGUAUUUGCGUUGCUCAGCAUGAAUGACUAUUGAAUACGGAGAUGGCAGCUCAUUUAAGAUUAUGAUAGUGAACGAUCAUCAGGAUGAUUGAUUGUAGCAGAAUUUGUUUUUACAGGCUUCUUGUACUGCAUCUCUGCCGGCUCGAUUUCUGUAAUUAUGCAAAUCUGCUGGGUAAAUCAGAUAACAUUUUAUUUUGAAACUUAAUUUGAGUUGUUAA